AUGGAGAAAUUAUUUCUUCUGAUUUCAUGCCUGCUGAUGUUUACACAUCAAUUCUGUUCAGAAGCAGCAACAUCUAAUCCGGAGUACCCAUAUUCGUUUAUGACAGCAGAUGCUCAAAAGGCAGCUUCAAGAUCAUAUGAUUACAUUGUGGUUGGAGGAGGUACAGCGGGAUGUCCCCUGGCAGCAACUCUCUCACAGCACUACUCUGUUUUAGUAUUGGAGAGGGGAGACUCUCCUUACGGAAUUCCCGAUGUGGAGGAUUUCAGAGGGUCUCCCACAACUAAUCCCAACGUAGCGCAGGGGUUUGUCUCAGAAGAUGGAGUGCAGUUGGUACGGGCGAGAGUUUUAGGAGGCGGAUCAGCCAUCAACGGUGGAGUCUACAGCAGGGCGAGCACUGAAUAUAUUCGGAAAAUAAAGUGGGAUGAGAAACUUGUAUAUGAGUCAUAUGAAUGGGUAGAACGGUUGAAUGCCUUCCAACAAUACAAGCUUUCUACUUGGAAUUCUGCUACCAAGGAUGGGCUUCUUCAAGCUGGAGUUCUUCCUUACAACGGCCACACUUUCGAUCAUUUGGUUGGCACCAAGAUCAGUGGCUCAAUCUUUGACGAGAAUGGAAAGAGACAUACAGCCGCAGAUCUACUCCAGUAUGCAAAUCCAGAAAAUAUUGUAGUUCUUCUCAAUGCUACUGCCAGCAGAAUACUCUUCAGUUUGGGAUCAGGAAAGCCAAAGGCUAGCGGACUGGAGUUCAGAACCAAUAAUGGCACAAAUACACAAUAUUUAGUUGUUCUUGAUAUUAAGAUGGCAUUUCCCUUAUCAAGGGGUGACCUUUGGCUGAAAAGUGUAGAUCCUCAAGAUAAUCCCUAUGUUCAUUACAGCUACUAUUCGCACUCUCUUGAUCUACAAAAAUGUGUGAAAGGGUUGUGGAUGGCUCGAUCUAUAAGGAUUCCCUUUGGUACCAACCCACAAGCCAAAACCAUGAUGCUUGAAAGUUAUAUGGGAAUUCAUAUCCUUCAAGAACGUACAAUCUCUCAAAAUUUUGACAAGACCAUGCUGAAAUAA